CCUUCAAAUUUCCUACCUUUCCCCAAAAGAAAACGCGACCAAAACGAGUCCUAAGUGCACUCGCACCACGCAACCCCAUCUUCAAUCCCGGUCACUUCGCAUUCAAGAUUCAAGCCAGCGCACCCACUACCCCCGAUUCGAAAUGGCGGAACCACGCGGCAAUAACAGCGACUCCGGCUUCGCCAAUCGAGAGGAGGACUGGCCCGAGCCAGAUGUUCAUAUCCCCAUAGCCCUCUACGACAAAGCGCGAGACCACCAGGACCAGCUCACCGAACCGGAGCGUCAGCUUUUUCUCAGCCGUGGUGAUAUUGUGGCUAAGGCCCUUGGCUCUCCCGAUUCCUUGACCGACGAAGAGAUUCACCAGGCUUGCGGGUGGCCAUCCCCGGAUGUAGUGCGCGCCAACAUCCAGGACGCAAGCGGCGGCAGCCUGAGCACACCAGCCGAGCUAUAUGCAAAGAUUAAGGGGGCUCUCGAAAACGGCCAGUUCGAUACCGCCGUCAGCGAUGAAGAGGCCUGCCUGAUCGUUCACAGCUUCCGCGCUCUAGACGACUACUGGUCCAAAGGAGGGUUGUCAGAAUCCCAUGACAUCCCGGGCCACGGACACGCCCUUACGCUAUUAACACGCCGGCUGGGGUCGGAUAUUACUCUCUUUAAAACUUGCGGACACCGCUCGUUUGAGCCCCAGUGCCUCCCCGGCUCCCGUCCACAACUAUCGCCUGCUGAUGCAAUAGCGGCACAAGACCGGGCAGACCGGCUAGAAGCUAUCCGCAAGCUCACCAACGCUAUAGCUUCUGCAGAAGACCAGGCCCAGCGGGGUGUUAUAUCUGUACAAGAGUAUUUCACCCGCGUAGACAGCAUCCGGGCGGAUAUACUCGCCAUCGAUACCAGCGACCUCAUCCCCGAAUAUAUACCCCCAUCCGACGAAGCCUUUCAGCUUCUCCCCCCCAACGUCCCGUUCCCAUCGCUAUACGACCGUAUCGGCUCGGGCCCCUGGCCCGCCUCGCAUCGCUCCAUCGGCGGGUUCAAUGUCUUCCACCGGGAUACGGGUUUCUCGGGCUCAGACUCCGCGAGCCUCGCUGCACAGCUCUGGGCACCGCUGACCGAGGACCAGAAGGAGGCCUACCGUGCGCGGGCCGAGGUGAAGCGCCGCGAGGCCUGGGCCGAGUACGAAACCAGACUGGCCCGGCAGGACGCCAACCCAAACGGCGGGUUUCGCUUGUCGGGGUUCCAGGUGUUUCGUAACGAGCAAAUUGCCGGUAAUGAUGGGGUGGGCUUUGGGGAGGUGCUAGCCCGGUGGGAGGCGCUGACUCGCGAGCAACGGGAGCCGUACGAACAACGGGCUAAAAACAGGAUGGCAACAUAGCGUAGCGGCAUAGCGUACUGGUUAACCAUUGGUGCAUUGGGAGAUUUCUUUUUCUUUUUUUCUUUUCUUUUUUAAUUUAUUGCCUUCAAAACCCGCCUCGGCGUCCACUUCAGGUUCUUCUUUCCAAAUCACGGUUUUUCAAACCUCCCACCCCGACAUGGACACGUUGCAACACCGUUCGAGAAAGCGAGAAACCGAGAUCAAAUAAAAGAAGCUGGGUACUUCACUUCCGCGGGGGGGUUAGGUAAUAAUUAAAGACGGUGAAGCCGAAAUCGACCGCUGGUUUGUCGC